AUGCCUGUUCCGCUAAUUCAGAAGGCGAUACUGGAUGGCCUGGACACAGUGCCCAACUCGGCCGUGCUGCUCAAGCUCGUGCCUGUUGUCCUCGUCGUCUACCUGAUCCGAAGAUGGUUCCAAGGAGCUACAAACACGUCGGAACGAAACAUGCACGGCAAGGUCGUCAUGAUAACCGGCGGAACAUCUGGCAUAGGAGCUGAAGUCGCUCGCGACCUGGCCACACGAGGCGCUCAGCUGGUUCUCCUCACCCAACACGCUCUGGACGACUUUUUUCUUGUCGAGUAUAUUGAAGAACUGCGCGAACGCUCCAACAACGAAUUAAUCACGGCCGCUCAAGUCGACCUCACCUCGCUUCACUCGAUCCGCCAGUUCGCUACCAAAUGGGUUGAUAAUGCCCCUCCGCGCCGACUCGACAUGAUUAUUCUUUGCGCAAACACCUUGACUCCCAAGGGCGGGAAGAUUCAAAAGACUGGCGACGACGUCGAGAUCAACUGGGGCCUCAACUACCUCGCAAACUUCCACCUGCUCAGUAUCUUGUCUCCUGCCAUCCGCGCUCAGCCGCCAGACCGCGACGUCCGCAUUCUCAUGGCAACCUGCAGCGCCUACAUCGGUGGCACUCUUCCCGUCACGGGCGUCAAGGAAGCAAAAAUCAGACAAAAAGAAAGAGCUGACAAAUUCAACCCAUACUCGGCCUACGCAUCCUCUAAACUCGCCCUCAUGACUUUUGCUCAGUCCUUCCAGAAACAUCUCUCUGCUUACGCUCGUCCCGACAAGAACCCUAUGAACGCAAGGGUCAUCUUGGUUGAUCCUGGGCAAACGCGUACCCCUGGAAUGCGUCGCUACCUGACUUGGGGUUCCAUCACUGGUCUUGUUCUUUAUCUUCUGACUUACCCUCUCUGGUACAUCAUCCUCAAAUCGCCCUCACAAGGUGCUCAAUCCUUUNUGUACGCAGCAAUGGAGGCGCAAUGGNGAAGAGGCAAUGGUGGCUGGCUGAUCAAGGAAUGUCGCGAGAUUGCUCCUGUCAGAAGAGAAACGUUGGAUGAAGAGUUGCAGAAACAGCUAUGGGAGUACUCGGAGAAUAUGAUCCAGGAGGCCGAGAAGAGAGGAGCCAAGAAGAGAGCAGAAGCAAAAGCCGAGGAAAAGGUCAAGCCUGCCGAACCCAAGAAGCCCGACGAGAAGAAGCCAGGCAGUAGAAGAACCAAGAAGGCCUGA